UUAAGUGAAGUCACCUGUGUGGUUGCACUAUGGGUGUGCAGGGCCUUUACAUUGUAGUUGGUCUUGCUAGUUGGAGUAUUAGAGGAGAAACUGGUUCACAUUUGUAUAUAUUUUUCACCAUAACAAUUCCAAGGAACUUACUGCAAGUGAGGAAGACACAUGAAAUUUCCACUGAGCAUGAAUGUAAUCCAGAACUGGAAAACAAAACAAACCAGUGGAGCUGGUAGCCACAGUGUAGAGGAUGCAGCAUUUUCUGGAGCCCAACAGCAGCCAGCUGGAAGGGCGUGUCAGACAAAGCAAACAAACGAGCCAUGGGCAGACGGUGUGUUUUUGGUGGUACUGAGGAGUAAGGAGCGGUGAACUGGACAAGAGGCACAAUUGCAGGUCAGCGAAGGUAUUUUUGCCACAGAUCUGCUGAGAAACUUUGUGCCAAUAUCCAAGUCAUGAGGAGUAGUUAGUUACUGUCGCCUUUGUGGACUUAACACCUGACUUGGAAUCGUCCUCACUGCCACCCUGGGAGGUGAACCACAUUUAUUAGCAGACUAAAAUAAACAUAUUUUUGUAUUUGUUUUUGUAUUUUGGCUUUCAAAGAGACAAAAUUCAAUACUUGGAGCAUCUCAGCAAUAUUCAUGACGCAAAAGCAUCAACCCUUUGGCUUCACGUCAACUAGACCCUACUGAUUUCAACAUUAUCGUCUUUCCACUUUUCUGCCUUCACCACGAUUCAUGUGGCCUCAGUUAUUUCGACUUUCCACCUCCUGUGUGCUCACAAGGUGCUAGUUAUAAAGAGGCAGAGAUGACACCCGAAAACCUCUUCACCUCAGUCUUACUGCACAACUUGACCCAAGGAUAACCAUCAAUAUCCCCUAGCAGCACUCGUGGACCAACGCACUCCCAGAACACAGAGCCCUACCCCUGGCUUCAGGCAGUAUGGGAGACGGGAGCUGGGUAUGUCUGAGCCCAGCUGAGUUUGCCCAGCUGCAACAGUACAGCGAGUACUCCACAAAGAAGCUGAAGGAUGUGCUGGAGGAGUUUCACGGCGAAGGAGUCCUUUCCAAAUACAAUCCAGAGCAGAAGCAAGAUGUUCUCAACCAACCCAUUGACUAUGAGGGCUUCCAGCUCUUCAUGGCCACUUACCUGGAGAAUGACAUCCCAGAGGAGCUGUGUCAGCACCUCUUCACCUCCUUCAAGAGCAAGACGGGAGGCUGCUCUCCCGAUCAGUCUCGGGCAGGAACAAGUUUACUGGGGAUGAAUGGGAAAAGCAUCCUGUCUGCGAUGGGCCGUCACACGCCGGAGCACUCCAGUGUGAUGAGCACAGCAGGCUCUGGAGCCACCACCUCCCCUUGUUCAUCCCGCUCCUCCUCGCAGCGUUCAGGGACAGGGGGCCACACGCCUGGGGGCCCCCACCGAUCACCUUGCACCCAGGUCAAAUCCUCAGAGGGCAGCAGCAGCAAUGCCCUGACCCCUAACGCUGGUCCUACCAGGUCGCCAGUGUCCCCCAAACUUUCACCAGAGAGGAGCCACUCCGAGAAGCAUUUGUCACUGCGAAGGAGCCCAUCGCCCCAGAAAAACUCCCCCCUGCUGUCACCCCAGGUGGUCUUUCUCAAGGACAUCGUCUGCUACCUCUCCCUGCUUGAGAGGGGGAUGCCGGAGGACAAGCUGGAGUUCAUGUUCCGGCUGUAUGACACAGACGGCAACGGUCUGCUGGACAGCUCGGAGCUGGAUCGCAUCAUCAAUCAGAUGGUGCAUGUGGCAGAGUAUCUGGAGUGGGAUUCAACAGAACUACGGCCGAUCCUGAAGGAGAUGAUGGAGGAAAUCGACUAUGACAGAGAUGGGACAGUCACGCUGGAGGAGUGGAUCAGAGGAGGCCUCACCACCAUCCCUUUACUGGUCCUGCUGGGCAUGGAUACGAAUGUACAGGAGGAUGGGCAGCAUGUUUGGCGUCUGAAGCACUUCAACAAACCAGCCUACUGUAACUACUGCCAUACUAUGCUGCUCGGAGUUCGCAAGCAGGGCCUCUGCUGCUCCUUAUGCAAGUACACAGUGCACGAACGCUGUGUGUCCAAAGACAUCGCUGCCUGCAUCAGCACCUACGCCAAGUCACGUAGACACACCAAUGCUAUGCAGCAUGUAUGGAUGGAGGGUAACUCUCCUACCAAGUGCGACCGCUGUCACAGAAGCAUCAAGUGUUACCAGGGUUUAACGGGCCUGCACUGUGUCUGGUGUCAGAUCACUCUCCAUAAUAAGUGUGCGUCUAAUGUGAAGCCAGAGUGUGAUGGAGGAGCCUUGAGGGACCACACUCUGUUGCCCUCAUACAUCUGCCCCGUUGUCUUGGACCGUCACUCUGUGGUGAAGCGUGGUGAGGGGGAGUCGCCACCCAGCACCAGCCCUGACGACACCAAUCAGACUUUCAAAUUCUCCCCUGGAGACGGACAAGCACUGCAGAUCACCCCUCUCCCAGGUACUCACCCGCUCCUGGUCCUGGUCAAUCCCAAGAGUGGAGGGAGGCAGGGGGAACGGGUACUGAGGAAGUUCAGGUACCUACUAAACCCCAGACAGGUGUACAGUUUGGAACGAGAGGGACCAAUGGUAGGGCUCAACUUUUUCCAUGAUGUCCCUGAUUUCCGGGUGCUAGCUUGUGGAGGUGACGGCACAGUGGGCUGGAUCCUUGACUGUAUAGAUAAAGCCAGCUUUGCCAGGCACCCUCCAGUGGCCAUCCUCCCUCUGGGCACAGGGAACGACCUGGCACGCUGCUUACGCUGGGGAGGAGGUUAUGAAGGUGGCAGUUUGCUGAAAUUCCUUCGGGACAUUGAGCAUAGUACAGAGGUGGUGCUGGACCGCUGGAACAUAGAUAUUGUCCCUGAUGACAAGGAGGAGAAGGGAGACCCUGUCCCUUACAGCAUCGUCAACAACUACUUCUCUAUUGGAGUGGAUGCCUCCAUUGCCCAUCGCUUUCAUCUGAUGCGGGAAAAGCACCCAGAGAAAUUCAACAGCAGAAUGAAGAACAAGCUCUGGUACUUUGAGUUUGGCACCACUGAGACCAUAUCUGCCACCUGCAAGAAACUUAAUGAAUGCAUAGAAGUCGAGUGCGACGGGAUCAUCUUGGACCUCAGCAACACCUCCUUAGAGGGCAUCGCCGUGCUCAACAUUCCCAGCAUGCAUGGCGGCUCUAACCUGUGGGGCGAGACGAAGAAGAGGAGGAACUACAACCGCAUGAGCAAGAAGGUUCCCGAGAGGAUGCCGGCCAGCACCGUCACAGACACCAAGGAGCUCAAGUUUUGCAUGCAAGACUUCAGUGACCAGCUGCUGGAGGUGGUUGGCCUGGAAGGGGCAAUUGAGAUGGGUCAGAUCUACACUGGACUGAAGAGUGCGGGACGCAGACUGGCUCAGUGUGCCAGUGUCACCAUUAGGACGUCCAGACGGCUGCCCAUGCAGAUUGAUGGCGAGCCCUGGAUGCAGCCCCCCUGCACAGUCAAGAUCACACACAAGAACCAGGUCCCCAUGUUACUGGGCCCACCUCAGAAGACACCGUUCUUUUUCUUCAAGAGACGCAACCGGAGCUGCGACUAGGACCAACACAUGCAGACAAAGACACAUGCAUUUACAGUACAUAUAUGCACACAUACACACACACAUGCCUCCCACUGUAUAGGCAGCUCCAUCAGAUGACUGCUACACUGUUCUGAAGUUUGAGUUUGAAACUGGGAAGUUAAUUUACAGGAUCACAUCUGUGAUGGUGGAACAUUCCUAAAGUUGGGAUGGCUACAGACAAUUCAUUCCCAAAGGAACCUGCAGUGAUGGCACCCAAAAUGAAAAGACUAUAAGUAUACAGUACCGGCCUAUUCCUGUGUAACCAUCAUCCUCUAGUGUUGUCUCCAAACCCCCAGGUCCUAGCCAUGGAUUUAGUCUCAGCCACAAGUCUCUCAGUCCAAAGCCACUUCCUGCCCCACCCCCCCAAAAAAAUUAGCCAUAUACCAGUACUGCACUGCCUGCUAAACACAACAAGUUUGGCUGCUGGGAUUCCCUCCCUGAACAACAUGAAGAGAGUAAUAGUGAGGAGACAGAGGGUAAGAGAUGCAGGUUGUACGAUGAGCCAGUGGAGAAAGAAAGUGCUCCUCUAAACACACUACAAUGAGAAAAAUAAGGUUAGAUAAGAGCGGUGUGGCAGUAAUCAUGGCUCUUUACAAGGCUGGUGAGUAAAUAGAGUAAGAUCCACCUCUUGGUUAAAACACCUGUAUGAAUAAUGAAACAGCGGUUGCUUGUAAGAGCGCUCAGUCCAGGACCUCCCCACAGACUGACAACACGGUACAGCCUGAGGAGAGGAGAGGAGUGGAGUGGAAAAGCCUCAUCCAUUAUUGACUUACUUUGUUUGUGGGUUGAUGGCAGUGGGGCGUAACAGUGGCCUGGAAUGGGUGGAAACAUACAGGGGUGAUUUUAGCCCCUUAGCAUCACUUGCCUACAAAAAAAUCCUUUAAAACAUAUCUACAGGCUCUGUAGAUGAUCUGGCUGUAGACGUCAGGCAGAGGAAGUGCCUGUCCACUUGUGCACAGUUAUGACUGUAUAAAUUGAUCAGGGUCUAGAUUGAAAGUAGAGAUUGGAGACAAUGUAGUUCAUCCUUGCUUUCUUAAGAGACUAAUUUGUCCUCUGAUCGGUGCAGUCAAACACUACCAUCCAGACUGAAUCAACAACAGCUUCUGUGCACCGUACGCCAUAGGACACCUCUAGAGGGUCAAGGAUUGAAAUAAAUCCCAUCAAGGGUACAAGAACAGAGCCCCUGGGGGUUUUAUUUACCAGCACAUUGACAGGGGGAACUAAAUUUAUCCCUCUAUUUCAGGGAGGGUCUAUCUUUCCCCCAGUGAAACCCUAUGCCUAAUUACCGUGUCAAACAUCGACCCACAAUGUCAAGUGUGCUGUCAGAGUGCAAGGCGCUGGGUGGCUUUAAUGCAUUCAUGGUUUGUUUAACUACCAAAUAAAGAUUAGGUGGUAAUUGAGGAAAUAGACAAAAUACAAGGAAUUAUGUUUUCAUCACAGAGGGUGGAAGAUAUACAGUAUCAUUCAGAAGCUGUUGAGCAUUGAGCUUAAUUCAGUGUUCUCUAAAGAAUGUAUCCAUAUUACUGUCCCCACAAAUAUGGCAAAUUAUAUUAUACAGUAUGUGCAGACAGAGUAUAUGUAUAUUUCUGGAGAGUAGGUGUAGCUCAAAUAUACUGUAAACACAAAUGUGUUUUUAAUAUAUCAUUGUUAUUAAUGUGGAACUUUUAGCUUAGAGGGGUUCAGAUCAGUAUUCUUCACCGUGCAGAGCUGAUACAGUCACUCUCUGGGGGCAGUUUUCCACUGUGUCUAAUUCAGAUUAUAUUAGAUUUGAAUUCAGCAGUCUGUCAUCUUCCUUCCUCAGUUUGGCUUCUUCCUUGCUCCUGGAAGAAACAAGAUGACGAAAAUUACAGAAUGUACGACAAAAUAAUCUCAACUCAAGGUCCUCUUACUCUGUUUUUGAAGCUUUUGACAGAAACACAUGAUCUUCAUCAAUUGAUCAAAACUGGCCCAGGUGUCAUCAAAUAAUCUAAUUGUUGGUUACAUGAUAACAGAGAAAAGAAAGAAGAACAGGGCAGAGAAAACAUAUAUACACAUACAAUUUUGACCUGAUGGUGGCACAACAUGAAAAAUUACAGUAUCAUAUAAGCAAUUGCAAUUCAUCCUGAGAGGAACCUGAAUGUCUGUACAAAAUUUCAUGGCAAUCUAAUUCAUAGUUGUUGAGCUAUUUCACUCAAAACCACAAAUCUGAAUGUCAUGGUAGUGCUGGAGGGAAAGUCAGGGGAUCACCAGAUUCAAUGGGAUUUAUCCUCUGGUGAAAUGAAUGUCUGUACAACAUCAUCAAUGCAAUGAAUAGUUGUUAAGAUAUUUCUCGACCAAAGUGGUGAAACUGCCAUCUCAGGAGCCAUUCACAGCUAAAAACAGUGCCUCCAUUACAUAGUUAGUCAACUUAAUUUUGUGCAACUGCAAAAUGUCCCAGUCAUUACAUAUCUUAAUAACAAUUAUUUAGAAAAACAAAAAUUAAUUCUGAGGUGUAUAUUUGAUAAUUGAGAUGAUUUGUUGCUUAAUUUUCCCACCUAAAGUCCAGUAGCAAUCAGGCUUUUGUUGCAAGUUCUGAAAAAAGUAAAAGUGAGUUCAUAGACCUUGAGUUGAUAUUAUUUUGUCAAAUAUGAACUUGCAGAGAAUGUCAAAUGUAAACUUGAAGAAAAUGUAAACAUGUGAAUGUCAGAACUGAGAAAAUCUACAGUAUAUGUAAUGUGAGUUAGGCAUGUGGAAAACUGUCUUGCUCUCUGCUGAAAUAUGUGUAUUAAUGGUGCAGGGCAGAGUGAGACUGGUGAUGUUCUGACGGUACAAACUGAGCUCCACUGUAGGGUCAGGCUUUGAUGCCUUUAUACCCUGAUUCCCUUUAAAACACACUGAGUCAUUACUCUUGCACCCAGGCCCCAUGAAAACAGACAGGAUGUCCAGUUUAUCCUCAUACACUGUGGAUAUUCACUCCACUCUGAUGUGAUUUUGGGUCACUUUCACUUCACAUCAGUGUAAAGUCAUUUAACAUAAUUGGCAUAAAUUUAAUACUGCAACACUGUGGGAAUGUCAGAAGUUAUACAGCAUAUCAUAAUCCUUUAUUUCUCACUAAUGGAGCCUGGGAGCCAAGAGAACUCAGUGGUAAAAGAGUGCAUGUUUACAGUAACUUUACAUCUAUUGAAAGAAUGGUUUUAGACAGCUAUAUUACCAAGUGUAUAUAUUUGUUUAUAAUAUUUUAUCUGAAGUUAACUUACAUCACCGCAUGCCUGCUGAAACAAAAGGAGAGUGAACAAAAGAGGAGAUCAGACUAUUCAAACUUAUUUCUUUGCUUAAAAAUUCCAUUUAUCUGGUAUAUUUAUUUGUUGUGAUUUUAAUUUUUUGGUAGCAUGUUCAAAAAAGGCACUGCGGAGACACUGUCUUGUUACAUUAAAAAAAAAAAGAAAGUAUAAAAUUCCCACAUGACAUUUCUACCAUCACAAUAUACAUUUGUGAUUUACUGUCAGAUCACAAGGGCCACAAUAUGAAUGCCCACACAGAGGCUAUCUGAGUUAAUUUCCAAUAUGUGUCACAGCUCAUGUCUGUCCCUGUCCUUUGAAGUAAUCAAUUGCCUUAACAAAUAAAUGGACCCACUCUGUGCUCACAGCUUUGCACGGGGCUCACACUGAAAAAGCAGAAAACGUCACAGCACAUAGAAAACACGAUUAUUUGUAGCAACAUUUUGAGUAACCAAAUUUACUGAUCGUCAACAGCUGACCCACAGCAUUUAGACAAACAAAGAGCAGACAAUUUUAUUGAUACUUGGCAACCCAGAGUAAUCAUUUCUGUUUCAUCUGUUUGUUUGGUUACCAUCGUGGUAAAGGACUGAUGUGAUUUACUGCCCCAGUACUGACCUUAAUUAGCAAACAAGGGAGGUGAUAUCUGUGUCUCUGUUUUUAUCAGCAGGUUGAGUUUCCUGAAGCAAGUUCUCUUUAAAGAUAAGGAAAACAAAUCCCAUGAAAAAAGACCAAAGUCAAUGAUGUGUUACUCUGUGUCUCAAUAGUUUUUUCAACAUGGCUAGUACUCUAUCAUAGAUGUUAAUCUUUAAAGAUAACCAGGAGUGAAAAUUUCUCUGGGACUAUUUUCAGCUGUGGAUGAAUACACAUUUGGUACUCUAAUGAGUAUAUCUGGCAGCAGAACGGUGUACCUGGGAAUGACUCAAAAACUACAGUGCCCAUGUUCAUGGUAAUGAAGGGACAUGUCACCCAGUGCAGGGUGUCUCAUUUAUGUGUUUUUAAUCGUUUUUGGUUUAAAAAAGUAGGUAUUUGGCAAAGAGGAUUCAUCUGUACAACAUUUUUGCUAAACUGGAAAUAAUGUUGAUUUGGUUUUGUCAUGGGAUUUCAUCCUCAUCCUCUAUAGUGUUUUGCUUUACUUUACUUUUUAGAUAUUUGAUAACUGAAUUAAGUAAAAUCGAAACAAAAAUCCACCCUUGGACACUCAGAUAUAUUGGGCUGUGUUGUUCGUUCCAGAUGCUAUCUUGUUCUGAGGUGGAUUUAUUUAUUUUUUGUCUACUUCUACCAUCCCAGGUUACUUUUCUUUCAGUCUGAGAUUUCUUGUUUCUGAGAAGGAAGCUUGACAACUCUCUCUAAAGGGAAAACAAGCUUGUCAUUCCGCGGAGGGUUAUAUGUGUAGUUACCAGACAGGUUUCCAACUGUUAAAGAGGAGAGUCUAAUGUACAAAACACAACAUGGCACGUGGCUGCAUUGCUCUUUAGGUUACUCAAGUUGCUGUUGGUCGGAGGACGUGUUUCUUUGAUUCCUCCUUGCAUGAGUCAGCAGAGAAGGCCUUGGACUCACUAAAACCUGCCUCUCAGUGACGUUUUAGACAUUUUUCUCUGUGAGAUGACAUAUAUUGUAGUCACACUGGAAACAUCUCUAUGUGUUAUAAUGUUAUCUAUCAGUCACAUUAUUCAUAAGAACAAACAAAAUGCAUCACCAGACACACAGGAGAUAUCCACCAGAAAUACAAUAUGUCACCCAGAUUAGUUGUUUUUUCAAAGAAGUUCAACAUAUAGACAUUUGGGGAAACAUGUUUAUUUAUUUUCUUAUAGAAGGUUGGAUUAGAAGAUCAACUCCAUUUCUAAACAUGACAGUGGCAAUGGCAAUAAAAACUCUCUCUCAAAAAAAACGAGAAAAAAAAACAAUAUGCAUAUGUCCCAAAAUGUCCAACUUUUCUUUUGAAUACUACAUGUUACUGUAUGAUAUUUAAUAUCUGGUGUCCAGUUGGAUUUAAUGCUACUACCACACACUUUCAUUAAUCAACAGAAUCAUAGUCGCAGUCAUCUGUUUUCAUCUGCUCCCCCCAUGUGGAGCUAUCUCAGCCUCCUCCCCCCACCCUUUGCCCCUCCUCUGAGGCAGAGGUGGCUCUACAGUCCUGAUUAGUGUGAGCUCACUCUCAUCCUGGGACUCACUAGUGGUAUUGAGUGACAUCAGAGGCACAGAUGCAGCAGAGAGAGGCCCAGCAGCGUGUUUGUUGCUCUGUAUGUACAUAAAAUCAUCAAAUCAUAGAAGUUGAGUCACAGAUCACAUACAUACAUACAUAUCACAACAGCAACAUCAUCACACAGCUUCAGGGGAUUAUUACUGAGUAGGAAAAAUCUACUGUAUGUAACCAAGAGGACAGUUAAUCAAAUUAUCUGUUUUAUAAACUGUGUCUGUGAUAUGAGCCCUCUGCCCCCCGCCCUCAGGGUCAGUAUGGUGGGGGACUCUCAGCCCACAGAGGGUCAAGGGCAGACUGUCCCCUGUGUUAUCCAGGUCCUGAUUGGAUGAGAGAGGCUGUGGAAUCAAUAUGUCCAGCCUCUGCAGUCUGCCCUGUGUCUGUCUCUACAGUAUGUCACCCUCACUGUUUGUUAGCUGUUGACAAAUUGAUGGACUAAACAUUUUACCAAAUAAACACAAGAGGUUGAAUAUG